CCAGGGCCAGCUCGUCGGCUUAUCGCCAGCCCCCUUCGGCUCCGUUGCUGGCGAGCGUUUUUAUAGCUCUCUCGCUCUCCUAUUGGGCUCUGCCUUUGCUGCUUGCGUGUUCUCUCUCUCCCCCGCUUUCACUCUCUGCCUAUGCGCGCAUCACCUUUGGCUCCGCUCGCCCUCUUUAUUUUUUUGGGGCAUUACCCUUGCAGCUCUGAGUAUUGAACUCCAACAACACACUAACUCUUUCCUUCCCUAUGUAUUGCGGAUCUUAAUUGGGCCUUGUUAACUGUAUUUGCCAUACGGCACGUUUAGGUAGGAUUUGCGCUAUUUUUCCUCCUUUUUCUCCGUUCGUAUUUCGCCGGUGCUGAACUUUCCGCUAUCGCGGAUUAUCGACCGUCCCGCUUUGUGGCCGCCGCCUCACCGACGUCGAUCCGGCUGCCCGCGAAGGUCGAGCCUCUCUGAAUUUUUUCUGCGUCUCUGCUCCCUUGCUCUGUGCUGCGACGGAUCAGCUGCUUGGAGCGCCGCUGCUUCGCCAGCCCAAAUUGCUAGGCGCCAAAUCCGUCAAUCUUGGCCCCAGUGGCCGACCUAGCUUCAGUUAUCGUAGUCCCGCGACUUUUGCUUUGCUGCUGCUGGAUACCACUCGCGCUUUGACAAUAUUCUUUUCUUGACUUUGGAACUUUUUCAUUAAUGAUUUUUGCUGAGCCUGUUCGGGGCGAUGUUGGUCGCUCGACAUCCAAAUUCCAAAAGGAAGAUGGACACGCUCCCAUCCACUAUGAGACCGGUCGGAUCCGCUGGAUGACGUUCGAAUGUCAUCGCUUUCUCCUCCUUCUCUUCACCUGCCAUCAGCGUUAACUCACCCCCAGAGGGAGCCAACCUUUCAGAGCACCGUUUAAGAGCCCCUGACUCCAAAACCCCCUGUAGCAACGAGACUUUGGAUGCCCAUACAACGCCGUUGGCGGUCAAUUUAGUUUACGCCCUCAGCUACAAGCCUCUUAAAAAUUCGCAACCUUCGAUAGGGAUAACGAUGAAUUUACGCAUAUGAAUUGCGCCGAGUAUCACCACGGAGCCUGGUGGUACGACUUCUGUUCGCGAAGCAAUUUGAAUGGCAAGUACUUCAAGGCCAAGGUGGACAAUGUCCAGGGCAUUUUCUGGGAGCAAUGGUAUAGCUUCAGAUCUCUGAGAUCCGUGCAACGUGAACGAUUUACCGAGGACCAAGCGUACAGUACCCCUAAAGAUUCAUUAAAAUGAAUCCCUCCAUCAGCUCAACACACCCGAAUGCCCAUUAUUUUUAAUAAUUUACGCGUAU